CAUGGAAAAGUUCUCUUAAAGAUACAGUUUACUGAGAGUGAACUUUGAUACUUGUGAUGCUACUAAUACUACAUACUACAGUUUGUGUUUAGACUAGAAUUGGUACACUAGGAUAGACAACUCUGUGCCUAAAAAACAAUUAUAUAAUUGAAUAGAGAAGAUGACAGCACACCCAUCACAGUAUACUAGCCAAGCCAUCUCGCUUUAUGUAGCCUGUAGUUAUGGAUUGGCAUAGAGGUGCGUUUUUCUUUGUAUGAUUUCCUAAUCAGGAUAUUUGAGAAGGAUCGGGGGUGAGUAAGAAAACUUAGCUGUGGGCUUUAAGUAGGGCCCUUUACGUCACCACACUUGAUAAGGUUCUCAUGUUUUCCUCUACAUGCUCAGGCCAUCCCAUUACAAGUAACCCGAGCUCCAGAGCAGGGCAAGGAAAGGAAAUGAGAGCCCAGCAUGAAAAACAAACACGAUUAUGGUACAGCGACUGCUAGUCAACUCCAAAUGCCUCAGAGCCUGACUGGACGAUAAAUGUUUUCUGUACUGUACAGUUGGAUGAAGUCAGCAUGGGUCCUCAGAUGUCAACUGACUCACUGUUCAGAUAUCAUCAUCCGUCUGCAGGAGAUUACAGUUAAUCCCUGAUAUUCAUUCAGUCUGCAGAUCAGGGUCAAGUAAUCACAGGCCGUGUGUUUCACCUUCAAAGUUAGACAAAAACAAACAAAAAAACAAUAACAACAACAUAACAAACAUUUGUUUAAUAAUGUAGCUAUCACUUGCUUUAAAAGCACUAACUUAUAAAAGCUUGGUUGGCACUUUACUGCAAGCAAAUUAACACCCACUCAGCCAAACUCCCUCUCUCCCUCUCCCUCCCUCUCCCUCUCUCUCUCACACUCUCUCUCUUUCUCUCUCUCGCUUAUUCUCUCCCCCCACCUUUCUUUUUCUCCCUCACAAACACAACUGGUCCAUCCGAAAAGAAGAUGAGAUAACAUAAUAACAGGUUUUCAGAGGACAUCCUAAUCGGUUUUAUUCCAGGCUUUGGAAGAGUACUUUUUUUUUGCGAAGGGAUUCAGGGUGAUGUUUAUAGGACUAGCGGAUUACUUCUCUGAGUCCGAACACAAAAUUACGAGAAAGCACCGGGGUGACCCAUGCGAGCCCUCCAUCCUCAACAGCACUUUCAUCAGAUACUCGAUUGCUUUUAAGCGCAAUAGGACGAGGACUGUGCCAUCACCCAGCCCAAACUAUUUCCACAGAAGCUUUUUAUUGUCCCAAGUGACAAAAACGUAAAUCAUCUGUCAUCUACCUUUAAGAUCGAAGAGAUUGUUAUUGCACUGGAGCCGAGGAGCAUUUAUAAACAGUACACAUUUUCUUCUGCCAUAUAAGUGCUCCUGUUUUGGCAUCCUUCACUGAUUCUUAUACUCUGAAAGCACAGACGCCAGUAUCUGACUGCAGCGACUGCACUUGCGUGGCCAAAUGCCAUCAUGCCUAUCAUCAGUAAUACCAAUGACUUCAGCAAUUUCUCAGUCAGCACAGAUGACAGCAGCCUUGACCGAUUUUUCACAGAGAUUCCAGAGACAGAGACCAUCAAGGGGGUGUAUUUUCAGCGAGCCCAGCUACUGCGUGACCCGUCUGCCAUAAGGCAGGUCAACCACAAUGAACUGGCCCUCAUUAACGUAGGAGGUGAUCACUACGCCUUCUCCUGGAGCACGCUGGAUGAGUUUCCGCUGUCCCGCCUGGGCAGACUGCGGCAUUGCACUCGGCCGGAGGACAUUGCAAGUCUCUGUGAUGACUACGAUGAGGUGCGCCGGGAAUUCUUUUUUGACCGUAGCUCUGCCACCUUCAGAGUCAUCCUCAACUUCCUUGCAGCAGGAAAACUGCGACUGCUCCGGCACGUCUGUGCUGUGUCCUUGUCAGAUGAGCUAGACUACUGGGGAAUUGACCCUACCCACAUGGAACGCUGCUGCCGCCGCCGAAUGAUGACGCGCCUUGAAGAAGUGGCUGAGAGGAAGCAGAAGGAUGAGGAGAGGAGGCAGAAGAGGCUGCAGAACAGGCCCUCAGAGGAGAAGGGUUACCGAGCCCUCAUGAGCCGCCUGAGGGACGUGGUGGAAAACCCACACUCUGGAUGGCUGGGCAGAACCUUCGCCUGCUUUUCUGUGGUCAUGAUCGCUGUGACUGUGGUCAGCCUGUGCAUCAGCACCAUGCCUGAUCUAAGAGAGGAAGAGAGCCGGGGGGAAUGCUCACAGAAGUGUCAGCACAUGUUCAUUCUGGAGACUGUGUGCGUGGUUUGGUUUUCUCUGGAGUUAGCCUUGCGCUUUCUGCAGGCACGCAGCAAACUGGAGUUUGUUCGUGGGCCGCUGAAUAUCAUCGACACGAUAGCCAUUCUGCCGUACUACAUCUCCCUAGUGGUGGAUGAGAACGACAGCAGCAUGGGUGAUCCUGGGGCAGGAAGAGGGUACCUGGACAAGCUAGGCUUGAUCCUGCGGGUCAUGCGUGCCCUGCGGAUCCUCUAUGUGAUGCGGCUGGCCAGGCACUCCUUGGGACUGCAGACUCUAGGUCUGACCAUGCAGAGGAGCAUGCGGGAGUUUGGCCUGCUGCUCCUUUUCCUCUGUGUAGCCGUGGCUCUCUUCUCCCCCCUUGUCCAUCUGGCAGAGAAUGAUCUGGCAGCUGGCACAGUUGUGGGGCCGCACAGCUUCAGCAGCAUCCCGGCCUCCUACUGGUGGGCCAUCAUCUCCAUGACGACGGUUGGUUACGGUGACAUGGUGCCACGCAGCAUCCCCGGCCAAGUGGUGGCCUUUAGCAGUAUCUUAAGUGGCAUCCUCAUUAUGGCCUUCCCGGCCACCUCCAUCUUCCAUAUGUUCUCCCGCUCCUACAAUGAGCUCAAGCAAGAGCAUGAGAUGCUGUGCAAGGAAGAACGAGUGGCCUUCCUGGCAGCCAGUGCUGUACAGGAGGUCAGGAAAGAGGCAGAGAGAAACCCCUACUCCUGGCCACAAUUGGACAGCAACAAACCCUAUCAGGUUGAGAAUGGUACUGGAGUUAACCAACCUGUCUUCACAGCCACAGCAUGUUGAGACGUGCUACAGAUGACGGGACUAUAUGAGCAGAUGUGACAGCGCUUGUUGUGGUUUCUUCUUAGAAACAGAAAAAAGAAUUUUACAAUUUCACAACCAAGUGUGAUUAAGUUUUUAAUUCAGCAUUUUCAGUCUCUAAGGCUUUGAUCAGACAAGCAGCACGAAUCCAAUUUUUUUGUCAUAUCCAAUUUCAGCAGAAGACUUUCACCAUUAUGAACAGAAAACUCACUUGAAAUGCAAUUUCAUUCAAUUGUUUGUGGUUUUGGAUCUGCUUUAGAUCAGGACUUCUCUAACUUGAAUUUCCGGCCAGUCUGUCAGACCAUACAAAUCAGAUUUGGUUGCUUGUAACUUGGAGCGUCGACCUCUUAAAAUCAGAUUUAAGAAGCAAAUAUGAUUUGCCCAGCAGUGUGAACAAAGCCUAAAAGCACUCCCACUCACCCCCACCUGCAUUUCAUGUAUCUCAUCGUGCAACCUAAAUUUUGGUUUGUGCACAAACCCGUCAUAAAUGCUGCUGCAAUGCAAAAAUAAAUAGCCUAGUGAUCAGUGUGUGUGGCUGAACUUACAAUUUCCAAAGGUGACCAGCUUUACUGCAGAUCUAGUAACUCUGGCAUUAGUAUCUAGCAAAUGCUUAUCUACCAACAACAUGGAAUUGAUUGUCCCAAAAAUAACAAUCCGUGCUUAAGCUGUGAAAUAGCAAUAACAAUGUGAUAUAUUUUAAAGCAUGUACCAUUAGUCUAGCUGGAUAUGUAAUUGUUCAAAAUCUUGUUUGUCUGGUUGACCUUUAUUGUGUGCAACUGUAAUACAACCGUAUCUGUACUUGCCUAUGUUUGUUUGACAAUAUAAAGUAUGGUUGACUACAUCUAAA